AUGUCUUCCCCUUACGAAGUCAAUUGGGAGGAGAUGUUGAGUCGAAGAGUCCUCUAUCCCCCUGAUGCCCGGCUUCGCAGACCUGGUCUUGAGCGCUUGGACGACCAACUCGCUCAUGAGGGCGAAAGAGCCUUUGAAGAGCUUGAAGCUGUUGAUGAAAGUCACGGCGAAGGCCAUGAAGAAAGUCAUGGUCAAAGUCAUCGUGAAAGUCGUAGCGAGGACCCGCCGCCGGCCGAUGGCUCUCCUGAAAGCCCUGGACCGAAGCAGGAGAGAGUGGGCAGGAUCUUCUUCCACUCGAAGCAGCGUGCUGGUCCUCUCAAUUUUCGUGAUCACGAAGAGCCCAUCUCUGCCCACCCCGAGAAAAUCAAAAGCCGCAUCGGCCCAUGGGUUCUGGGCGAUCACUUAGGCAAGGGGGCCACGGGCAGUGUUAAGCUCUGCCGUCAUCGUGUCACACGCCAAUUAGCUGCCGUCAAGAUUCUCCCCAAGCAUUCAGCAAGGCUCAUCCAGGCGGCUAGCAUAAUCAACUUUGAUCAGCAAGACAGCAGUUUGCCUGACGGCGCCGAGGGACGAAGGCGUAUUCCCAUCUCGAUUGAACGCGAAGUCGCCAUGCUGAAGCUCAUCCAGCACCCAAACAUCACUAAACUGUACGAUAUUUGGGAGAAUGGCAGUCAAAUUUAUCUCGUCCUCGAGUAUAUCGACAAUGGCGAUCUAUAUCACUACAUCACACUCAAUGGGCCCUUCGCAGAAGUCAACGGUGUGCGUGUUUUCCGCCAGAUCAUGAGCGCCAUGUCGUAUUGCCACGACCUGAAAAUCUGCCACCGGGACCUGAAACCCGAAAACAUUCUCCUUAGUUCUGACGGCCACAUCAAGAUUGCCGACUUUGGAAUGGCGGCAUUGCAUCAGACCGCCGGACAUCAGCUCUCCACUUGUUGUGGCAGCCCCCAUUACGCCGCCCCCGAAGUUCUCACUGGCCAGCUCUAUAGUGGCUACAAGGUCGACAUUUGGAGUAUGGGUGUCAUCCUAUAUGCCAUUCUCUCAGGCCUGCUGCCUUUUGCUGAUGACGACACGGAAGUCCUCCUGCAAAAAAUCAAAGUAGGAGAUUUCGUUUUCCCGAGCUUCAUUUCACACCAUGCGAAGGAUCUCAUCGCGAGGAUUCUGCAGAACAAUCCGAACAAGCGAAUCUCCAUCGAGUCGAUGUGGCGCCAUCCCCUGGUUAACAAAUACCAUAUCGUUGAUGACCUCACCGAGGAAAACGGACUGCCCUUCCAAUACCGGAAGAAUUUUGAAGGCAAGGCCAUCCCGCCGAGCGAGAUCGACAUCGAGCUCGUGCGUCAGUUGCGGUCACUAUGGCAUUCAUUUACGACUGAGGAGUUGAAGGUCGCUCUGUCAAGUGAUGAGCCCAAUGACCAAAAGGUCUUCUACCACCUCCUUCAACAGUAUCGGGAGCGGCAGCUAGAAGAUUUUGACCCCGACAUCGCACACGCUCGAAGUGACUACCACCAUCUGAGGCCUUCGGCAUGGAAAGAGAAGAGGACUACACGCGAAUUCAUCAACGAGGGGGAUGGGCUUAGCAGAAGUGUGUCCCGCAUCACCGUUGUUUCCAGCGUCGCCGAUACGGACGCAGGAACUGUGGCAACGUAUGACCCAUUCAACGCGUGUCACUCUCCACUUGAGAGGCGCCCCUCUCAGAUUAGUCGGGCCAGGGUUACAGUCCACCGCCCCGAGGCUAGCCAGCCCGAAGGUGAUGACAGCCUUUUGUCUGGCGUCUCAAGCCCAUUCUAUCCUUCGACGAGAUCGAAUUCGCCGAAUCCGGUCGACCACCCGACGUGGCGGGGAUUUCACGGCUUGGGUCGAAUCGACGAAAAGUUGAGUAGCGCUUCUACCACCCCGAGCCCGAAGAAAGCUCCGUAUUCUCGGUGUGUCCCGAUUCGACGGAAGCGUGGCGUCGAUUUCUCGCAGCUCAGAGGUCGCCCGGCCCAGAAGAAGAAUAAGGCAGAGAUCGAGGCUCAAUCUCACAAGCGGCGAUCCCUCUACCAAGAAAGUGACGAUUCAGGCACUCCACGACCGGAUUCCGACGUCCUCCCCGCCGAUGAGGGCUGGCCGCCUCUCCGAGUCGUGAAGCGAAAGCCAGUUCCUAUUUUGACAGAUCGGGAGGUGAUGACGAACGAGGAGGUUCGCAGGGUCAGCCACAAGCUGGCCAUGGACUGCGAUGAAGCAUUUGGCGGUUCCGUUCUUGUGGAGUCUUCCUUCUUGGACGUUGCCGGCCCUUCCCGGAACUCGACACCUCUUGCGGCGAGUCUCGGGAGCCGAUACAUGUCUAACAAGUCGACGCCGUCCAACCCGGAUACUCCGUGGCUCGACCGACCGCUGCCUCCAUUGCCUCCGAGUAGCAAGACUUCCACGCCUUCGCCGGUUACUGAGGGUCCGCCUAUCGUACCGAACAGAACUUCUUCUCAAGGCGAGAACCGUGCCCGCCAGGGCAUGGUGGUGGGCCGCAUUACUCGACGAUCUAUGCCCGUCCUGAGUGAGCCGAUUGACUCUCCUGUCACCUCCGAUCCUCAUCGUCCAGCUAUGGGCAAAGCCCGAGCCUCACGAAACUUCAGUGGUCCGGCGAAGCGUCACAGAAGCGCCCUCAUUCCGAUGGGCCCCGAGAAUGGCGGUCGUCCCCGACUCACGAGGUCAGACAAUCCAGACUUGACGAACGCAGAAGACCGGGGCCUUGAUUACCUGUCCCGUGCCGACAACACCAUCCGAGUGGUCAUCGCUACUCCUAAGGCCAACCCCUUCAGGCAGCAUAGUGCCGACGCUAGCAGCUUUCGAGCCCGUGUUGCAUCCCAGUCACAAAGUAGGCUGGAUUCUGCUGAGACACUGACAAAUCUAGACAUGGCCCCCCCUACGACUGCCAACUGGACCACCAGGGGUGAUUCCCAAACGCAUCCGUCUGAUUGGGUUGAUGAGGAGUCCCAUAAUGAUACGGAGCUGCACGGAUGGUUUGCCGGCUUAGAUGUGAGUUCUAACUCUGGCGAUGCCGACACGCUGGCCCCGACGCCCCCGCCAAAGACUUCUGAGUCUGGAACCAUCCAGCCAGCUGGCCGUUCUUGUUCCCAGCAGGAUCAAAAGCCGGAAGCGGCCUCUCCUGGCGGACGGCGGAGAUCGAUUCUUGCUAGGAAGAACAAGAGGAACUUUGGUUUCAAAUUCUGGAAGCUACCCAUGCCCAGACCUAAGCUGAAGAGAUCUCGUGGCUUCGAUCAUGAAAACGAGGAGCCACUCUUCGAGCCCAGGGGCAAGGAUGAAGGUGCCGAGUGCGGCCGCUACGAAGUGGCUGUCAAUAACGGCCAUCCAGGCGAUGCUCCUGGACAGCGAAACAUCGAGGUGCAGCCCAGUUGGCUGGCUCGCAUUUUCCGGGUCAAACCCGUAGUUGAAUACCUGUGCGUUACCAUCUCCUACAUUGAGGCGCGAAAUGAGGCCGUGAGCGUCCUCCAAGACUGGGCGAAGUACGGAGUAGAGGAUUUGGAGAUCCAUGAAGACCGAAGCAUUGUCUUUGCUCGAAUUAACCGCAAGAACUAUCUCCGACUACGAGAGGCCUCCAUUGCAAUUGAGUUUAUCCAGGCCUGGGAGGAUGGAAACCCGACGCCUCUCUGCAUUAUCCGAUUUACGCAGGAGCGAGGCGCCGCGAGCAGCCUCCGCGAAGUUCUCCGUACGACCCGUGGGGUUCUUGAGGGUAAAGAUGUCAUCCUUAAGAAUAAGCAACUGGAGAAGAGAUUGAUUCAGACGCUCAACUCGUAA